GGCUUGGGGAGCGAUGAAGAGAAAGGCGGGGAGGCAAGGGCGGGCUGGGCGUAUUCGACGAGCGCCGCGGCGGUUGGCGUAGCGGACGGGGUGCAGCCUCCCCGGUGUGAGGAACGGUCUCCGCUGACAGAUCCCCUUCUUCCGGCCGCGCCACUCGGGAGGCGGAUCCCUUGGGCCUGAGGAGGCUUCCCCCGCCCGGCUUGCUUUCCCUCCCUCCCUGGCGCUGCCGCGAGUCCACCGAGCGGCCUCUAAGGAGCAGCCGCAGGAGGAGGAGGAGGAGGUCGUCGGGGGCGGCGGGUGAAGACCGCGCUCUCGCUUCCCCGGCGGCGGCGGGGGCAGGACAAUGGAGGUGGCUGUGGAGAAGGCGGCGGCGGCGGCGGCAGCGGCCUCGGCGGCGGCCUCCGGGGGGCCCUCGGCGGCGCCGAGCGGGGAGAACGAGGCCGAGAGUCGGCAGGGCCCGGACUCGGAGCGCGGCGGCGAGGCGGCCCGGCUCAACCUGUUGGACACUUGCGCCGUGUGCCACCAGAACAUCCAGAGCCGGGCGCCCAAGCUGCUGCCCUGCCUGCACUCUUUCUGCCAGCGCUGCCUACCCGCGCCCCAGCGCUACCUCAUGCUGCCCGCGCCCAUGCUGGGCUCCGCCGAGACCCCGCCGCCCGUCCCUGCCCCCGGCUCGCCGGUCAGCGGCUCGUCGCCGUUCGCCACCCAAGUUGGAGUCAUUCGAUGCCCAGUUUGCAGCCAAGAAUGUGCAGAGAGACACAUCAUAGAUAACUUUUUUGUGAAGGACACUACUGAGGUUCCCAGCAGUACAGUAGAAAAGUCAAAUCAGGUGUGUACAAGCUGUGAGGACAACGCAGAAGCUAAUGGGUUUUGUGUGGAGUGUGUUGAAUGGCUCUGCAAGACGUGUAUCAGAGCUCAUCAGAGGGUAAAGUUCACAAAAGACCAUACUGUCAGACAGAAAGAGGAAGUAUCUCCAGAGGCAGUUGGUGUCACCAGCCAGCGACCGGUGUUUUGUCCUUUUCAUAAAAAGGAGCAGUUGAAGCUGUACUGUGAGACAUGUGACAAACUGACAUGUCGAGACUGUCAGUUAUUAGAGCAUAAAGAGCAUAGAUAUCAAUUUAUAGAAGAAGCUUUUCAGAAUCAGAAAGUGAUCAUAGAUACACUAAUCACCAAACUGAUGGAAAAAACAAAAUACAUAAAAUUCACAGGAAAUCAGAUCCAAAACAGAAUUAUUGAAGUAAAUCAAAAUCAAAAGCAGGUGGAACAGGAUAUUAAAGUUGCUAUAUUUACAUUGAUGGUAGAAAUAAAUAAAAAAGGAAAAGCUCUACUGCAUCAGUUAGAGAGCCUUGCAAAGGACCAUCGCAUGAAACUUAUGCAACAACAACAGGAAGUGGCUGGACUUUCUAAACAAUUGGAGCAUGUCAUGCAUUUUUCUAAAUGGGCAGUUUCCAGUGGCAGCAGCACAGCAUUACUUUAUAGCAAACGACUGAUUACAUACCGGUUACGGCACCUCCUUCGUGCAAGGUGUGAUGCAUCCCCAGUGACCAACAACACCAUCCAAUUUCACUGUGAUCCUAGUUUCUGGGCUCAAAAUAUUAUCAACUUAGGUUCUUUAGUAAUUGAGGAUAAAGAGAGCCAGCCACAAAUGCCUAAGCAGAAUCCUGUCGUGGAACAGAAUUCACAGCCACCAAGUGGUUUAUCAUCAAACCAGUUAUCCAAGUUCCCAACACAGAUCAGCCUAGCUCAAUUACGGCUCCAGCAUAUGCAGCAACAGGUAAUGGCUCAGAGGCAACAGGUGCAACGGAGGCCAGCACCUGUGGGUUUACCAAACCCUAGAAUGCAGGGGCCCAUCCAGCAACCUUCCAUCUCUCAUCAGCAACCCCCUCCACGUUUGAUAAACUUUCAGAAUCACAGCCCCAAACCCAAUGGACCAGUUCUUCCUCCUCAUCCUCAACAACUGAGGUAUCCACCAAACCAGAAUAUACCACGACAAGCAAUAAAGCCCAAUCCCCUACAGAUGGCUUUCUUGGCUCAACAAGCCAUAAAACAGUGGCAGAUCAGCAGUGGACAGGGAACCCCAUCAACUACCAACAGCACAUCCUCUACUCCUUCCAGUCCCACGAUUACUAGUGCAGCAGGAUACGAUGGAAAGGCUUUUGGUUCACCUAUGAUCGAUUUGAGCUCACCAGUGGGAGGGUCUUAUAAUCUUCCCUCUCUUCCAGAUAUUGACUGUUCGAGUACUAUUAUGCUGGACAAUAUUGUGAGGAAAGAUACUAAUAUAGAUCAUGGCCAGCCAAGACCACCCUCAAACAGAACGGUCCAGUCACCAAAUUCAUCAGUGCCAUCUCCAGGCCUUGCAGGACCUGUUACUAUGACUAGUGUACACCCCCCAAUACGUUCACCUAGUGCCUCCAGCGUUGGAAGCCGAGGAAGCUCUGGCUCUUCCAGCAAACCAGCAGGAGCUGACUCUACACACAAAGUCCCAGUGGUCAUGUUGGAGCCAAUUCGAAUAAAACAAGAAAACAGUGGACCACCAGAAAAUUAUGAUUUCCCUGUUGUUAUAGUGAAGCAAGAGUCAGAUGAAGAAUCUAGGCCUCAAAAUGCCAAUUAUCCAAGAAGCAUACUCACCUCCCUGCUCUUAAAUAGCAGUCAGAGCUCUACUUCUGAGGAGACUGUGCUAAGAUCAGAUGCCCCUGAUAGUACAGGAGAUCAACCUGGACUUCACCAGGAGAAUUCCUCAAAUGGAAAGUCUGAGUGGCUGGAUCCUUCCCAGAAGUCACCCCUUCAUGUUGGAGAGACAAGGAAAGAGGAUGACCCCAAUGAGGACUGGUGUGCAGUUUGUCAAAACGGAGGGGAACUCCUCUGCUGUGAAAAGUGCCCCAAAGUAUUCCAUCUUUCUUGUCAUGUGCCCACAUUGACAAAUUUUCCAAGUGGAGAGUGGAUUUGUACUUUCUGCCGAGACUUAUCUAAACCAGAAGUUGAAUAUGAUUGUGAUGCUCCCAGUCACAACUCAGAAAAAAAGAAAACUGAAGGCCUUGUUAAAUUAACACCUAUAGAUAAAAGGAAGUGUGAACGCCUACUUUUAUUUCUUUACUGCCACGAAAUGAGCCUGGCUUUUCAAGACCCUGUUCCUCUAACUGUGCCUGAUUAUUACAAAAUAAUUAAAAAUCCAAUGGAUUUGUCAACCAUCAAGAAAAGACUACAAGAAGAUUAUUCCAUGUACUCAAAACCUGAAGAUUUUGUAGCUGAUUUUAGAUUGAUCUUUCAAAACUGUGCUGAAUUCAAUGAGCCUGAUUCAGAAGUAGCCAAUGCUGGUAUAAAACUUGAAAAUUAUUUUGAAGAACUUCUAAAGAACCUCUAUCCAGAAAAAAGGUUUCCCAAACCAGAAUUCAGGAAUGAAUCUGAAGAUAAUAAAUUUAGUGAUGAUUCAGAUGAUGACUUUGUUCAGCCCCGGAAGAAACGCCUCAAAAGCAUUGAAGAACGCCAGUUGCUUAAAUAAUAUGCAGCACCACUAGCUUGUGCUGGUUUUUAGAUUUUUUUUGUUUUCAAAAAAAACAUUUGUCAGUAAUUUAACAUCACUACAAAGAAGAGUUUGUGACUACUCUGAUCUCUGUUUUGGACGUUUACUAGACUUUGAUUUCCUUAAUAGCCCAUUUCUGUUAACCUCUUAUCACUAAGAAAGAAGGAGAUGAAUGGAAGAAAGAAAAUGGAAAGAAGGAAAAAAGGAUGGAAGAAAAAAGGAUGGAAGAAAGAAGCAUUGAAAACAAAGACAUUCUUCCCCCUUCUUGGAUUUUUAAACCACAAUCUGGAGCGAUAGCUGCUGUAGAAAGGAAAUAGACUUUGUAUGAACUCUUCAGUUGAAAAGUAUACGUGGUUUGGAUGUGUGCAUUAAUUCAGUUUUAGAAAUUAAUACCACUACCCAUGAAUUAUAUGGCCUGACAAUGUGAGUUAGGUGUACUGUACUAAAGAACAGUACUCCGCAAACAAGGGUGGUAACAAGAGUUCCAUCCCCAGAGGCCAAAUGGUGCAACAGAAGGGUAGGUUAGAUGCUAUUAAGAAGGCACCUAAUAGUACAUCAUGUAAGAUGGCAACUGUAUUAAAGAAAAAUCCGGAAAACAAAUGUUUGUUUGAUUUUUUUUUUGUUUUUAUCUUGUCUGUAGAGGUGUUUGGUAUAGCAGGUUUUCAAAGCCACUUUUUAUACAUUUCUAGAUCUAGAUUUUCAACUUCUUCCACUGAGGGAAGUAUACACAUUUGGUUUUGCUGUGUGUCUAUGUGAGGUUUAACUGUACAGGUGAUCCUUUUACAACAAGCCUCAUUGUUUGCAGUAUAGCUGUUAGUGGAACUAUCCAAAAUAUAAAUACAGCAGCGUGCACUGUAUUUGAUGUGAGGUUUCUUCAUCUACUGGGCAUUAAAUAUAAGUUCCUCUGAAAGGGACUCGUUUUUGUGGUUUUCAUCUGUCUGUAAUUUGGAAUGAAAAUGUGUUGUGGGAUUGGGAGCAGGCAGUUGGGGGGAAUUAAUAGUGAUUUUUUUUCCCUGAAGCAUCUAAUGUUUUUCUUUCGAGAGUCAGAACAUCAAAUUUAAUCUUUGAUCUGACUUCUGAUUUUAUUCUCCUGAUAGAGAUACAAAAGACCUAUCUUCUGAGGACAAGCAUAUUCUUAAUGUGCCAGACCUACCCGGUUCAACUGAUCUAGAUAGAAGAAAAUUGCUGUGCCACUAAUCCAGCAUUUGACACAAUACCUAAAUGGUUUGCCGAAGUUCAUCUUAAUUUAUAAAACAUUAACUGGAGUAAAUUUUUCUCCUUAGGAUGAUACAAUAAAAAGAGCUGACUUUAAAGAAGGCUAUUAUUUGCAUUAUAUCACCUCCCAUAAAUUUAACAUAGAAGACUUGGUUUUAUCUACAUGGCUUUACUUCUUGAAGUGGAAAAUACCCUGUGGCUAAUUCAUUGGGUUUUCAGGUAUUGCUAAAGAUAAAAUAUAGGGAGAAAAUAACUUGUUAGCAAUAGCUUCCCGUUGUUUAUAUAUAGGUCUUGUUCAUAAUAUGUCAAUUACGUAUUGUUAAAAAGUCCUAAUCGCUUUUCCAAAUAUGUGUUACAUGGUAAUGUUUGUCAUUGUUGUUUUAAAGUUGCAUUUGACAUUUGUUCUCCAAAGAGUGUUUGAACAGAUUUUGAUAACAGUGCACACACCUUUUGUCUUUUUUGGCUCCAGCAUUUUAUUUUUAGCACAGCAGCUGUGGAGCUUUUGCUAAUUAUUUUAUUAUUGGUAUCUUAGAAUACUGUUCGUCUGACAGUUUAUUCUUCCAUACUUGUCUCCCGAGUUAAAACAGUUAUUUAACAACACAGUUAAAUUAUUUUGAGAAUCAUUACAAAAGGGAGUUAGAACUUGUCAGAGUAAAACUGUAAUUUCCUAAAUGUGACUAAUGAACCCCCAACUGUCACUAUUACAUUCAGUGCCAUAUUUAUCUUUCAAAACAGUAUUUGUUUCACCCUAACCAUCUUUGGCUGAAUGAAAGGCAGUUGAGAACCAUCUUUUCGUCAUACAUAAUAUAUUAAAAUAUAAUUAUAUUUAAAGUAAAGGUCUUGGGGCCGGGCACAGUGGCUCACGCUUGUAAUCCCACCAGCACUUUGGGAGGCCAAGGUGGGCGGAUCACAAAGUCAAGAGUUUGAGAUCAGCCUGGCCAACAUGGUGAAACCCCCGCUCUACAAAAAAUACAAAAAUUAGCCGGGGAUGGUGGCAUGCACCUGUAAUCCAAACUACUCAGGAGGCUGAGACAGGAGAAUCAUUUGAACCCAGGAGGCAGAAGUUGCAGUGAGCCAAGAUCUCACCAUUGCACUCCAACCUAAGUGAGAGACUCAGUCUCAAAAACAAAAAGUAAAAGUCUUGGGUUUCUCUCUGUAAAUAGCCCUUGUGUAAUGGUCUUUAGAUUAAUAUCCUUUGACUUUAUUAAUAAGUACCUGUGUGCCCAGGUGGAUCUAAGUCAUCCUUAAAUUCAAAUAGAAAUAAACUAUAAAAUGAGCCUAACUAUAACCUACACUCAUUUAUCAAGCAUUCCCCCAAAAGUUCAGUGCGAUUCAGGUACCCUUGACCUAAACUUGUACACUCCAAUGUACAUCUUUGAUAAACUCUGGAAGAUUUCCCUCUGGAUUUGGGAUCAGGAGCCCAGUGGGCCCCCAUUGCUAAAUGUUUACCACACCUUUGGCUAGGGCUUAUGGAUGAGCAGACUACGUGGAAGCUAGGAUUUACUCAGUUCCACCUCACUGACAGCUUUUCUAGGGGCCAAGCAACUGACUUUCCUGCGUAAGGAAGCCCAAGUACUCGACCAGUGACAUAUAUGGCCAUUUGACAAAAGUAUAAAUGGAUGGAUGUAGACCAUAUUGAAUGUAGAAUACAUUUUAGAUCAGUAUCUGGCAUUGCAAUCAUUUUGCCUUUUGAAUUAACAUGCCCUGCUUGUCUUUUCUGAAUGGAAGGGUAGGAAAGUAGAAGGUACUAAAAAGGAAAUGUAGUUUCUUUUCUAAGCUAAAGAACUGGCUUUACUACUACUAUAUUUUACUACCACACAGUAGUGUAGAUGUAGUAUAACUUGGUUAGGAAUGUUUUCCCAAAGGUUACCUCCAUAGUCAAAAGGGUGAGUAUACAGCUGAUUAUUCCAUUUAUGAAACUGCAUUUCAAUAUCCUAUGCUGCUACUGUGCUUAGACACUUAGUUACAUUUGAGUUCCAAGGAGAGAGAGUGAGAACAGGAACUCCUCUUGCUGAGCUCUGGUCCAAAUUAAUGUGAAUGCCAAAAGUAAAUUGCUGCAUAUGAAUAAAAGGUUUUAGGUUUAAAUUGAAGAUAUAUUCAUUUUAAGGUUUAUAUGUAUUGGUUGUGAAUGAGAGAAAUUGAGUGAUCUGAUUGGCCAUUAAAAUUACGGUAAACGGGCCAGGUGCAGUGGCUCAUGCCUGUAAUCCUAGCAGUUUGGGAGACCGAGGUGGGUAGAUCACCUGAGGUCAGGAGUUCAAGACCAGCCUGACCAACAUGGUGAAACGCCAUCUCUACUAAAAAUAACAAAAAUCACCCAGGUGUGGUGGCACAUACCUGUAAUCCUAGCUGCUCAGGAGGCUGAGGCAGGAGAAUCAGCUUGAACCCAGGAGGCAGAGGUUGCAGUGAGCUGAGAUCACACCAUUGAACUCCAGCAUGGGCGUCAGAGCAAGACUGUCACAAAAAAAAUUAUGGGGAAAGGCCGCGCGGUGGCUCAUGCCUGUAAUCCCAGCACUUUGGGAGGCCGAGGCUGGUGGAUCACCUGAAGUCAGGAGUUGAAGACCAGCCUGGCCAACAUGGUGAAACCCCGCCUCAACGAAUAUACAAGAAAAUUAGCUGGGCAUGGUGGUGGGUGCCUGUAAUCUCAGCUACUUUGGGAGGCUGAGGCAGGAGAACCACUUGAACCCAGGAGGUGGAGGUUGCCGUAAGCCGAGAUCACACCAUUGCACUCCAGCCUGGGCAACAAAAGCGAAACUCUGUCUCAAACAAAAAAAAGAAAAGAAAAAGAAAUUAUGGUGACCACGCGUUCAACCAUCUGAUUUCUUACUGAAAUUGAGCUCCUCCUUUUAAAUAACCAUUUAUAUAUUUUUAAAAGUAUUUUAUAGCCCUAUGUAAAUUAAUAGUUGAUGUCUUUUUAUAAAUGUUUAUUGCAUAUUCAUCUUGAAUGUGAAUUUACUGUUGUAAUUCACAUACUGGUGUUAUGUUUCUGAGUGAGAAUAAUGCUAGCCAAUCAGAUCACAGAUUUUUCCCCAUGAAGGUUUUACUUAUUGAGAGGGACAUCUGAGGUGGUAGUCUUCAUUUUUAAUUUUUGGGGGCAGAUUGGUGCUUUGGUUUUAAUAAAAAUUAACUUUGAUGGAUUUUUACUGUCAAUAUUUUACCACAAGGAUCUUUUAAUGGAAAAAUUACUGAAUAUUACUUCAGCAGAGUUCUAACUUCUUUGAGCCUCCGUUACUACUCCUGUUGUUCCCCUGGCUGUAACACUGAUACAUAUAGGGGCAAGCUACUAGUCCAUAAAUAGCUGUAAUAGGAAAACAGUUUUUUAAAAUUCUAACACAUGUAUUUCACCAGCCUUAAAAGAUUUUUUAAAAAUUGACAGGAAGGAAAGCAGGUGGUAAAUAUAUUGGAUUAUUCUGCCUCAUACCAGCCACUCCCAAACUAGAACCAAAGAUGCCAUGAAAACUUCUACUUGUCUGGAAGUUAUUUGGGGAAGGAGGGAAAGACACAGAGUGGGGACUUUUGGGAGUCACUUAAAAAAUUUAGCUAUGUUAAUUCCACUUGUAAAGUUUGAAAGGUUUUGAUUCUCAUAAUUUCUGAGAAUUACUAUGUUUUAAAUUUACUAUUGGAUAUUUAACAGAUCUUUCAUGGGGCCAACCUAUUUGCUUCCUUAAUUUUCAAAUUAAGUCCUAAUUUGAGUCCUAAAAAAAUCUUUCCUUGUUAGUUGCAAGUUAAACAUUUAAUAAAAUUAUUUUCCCAUGUUU